AUGGAAGCGAGUGCUUCGAAGACGUUCACAUACCGAAGUGUCUUCAUCAGCGAUUUGCACUUAGGAACACCGCAGUCUCAGGCCCACGUUCUGCUUCCGUUCCUGCAACAGGCGAACACAUGCGAGGUCAUUUACGUGCCUGGAAACCAUGAUGAGGCCGUCAGGUCUUUUCUCAACAGGUGCGACACAACGGUGCACCUGUCGCACACGGCCACCAGACUUCUGGGCGACCUGCUAUACGACGUCUUUGUAAGCCUCAACAUCCUGAUCAAGGCUGUGCGGCGCCUCUUCAAGCUCCCCUACUGGUCACUCGCUGCCCACAUCCACUGCAAGUCAAAGUUUGCGGCGGAGGUGGUUGACCGGUACGAGCAUGCGCUGGCGGCUGAGGCGCGGAGGCAGGGAACGGACGGCGUAAUCUGCGGUCACAUUCACUGCCCGCGCAUCCGCACCAUCAACGGCGUCCUCUACCUUAACGACGGCGACUGGACUUUCCGCACUCCAGGCCAAUUCACGCUGAGCUUGGAGAAGGUGGAUUCAUGCAGCGCGCUGGUGGAGGAUGCGCACGGCAAUCUGGAGAUCCUGCACUGGAUGGACCACUACAAGGAGCCUGUGCUGACAUCACCCGCCAGGUCAUCAUGUGAUGAUGUCAGCGACACAGAAAGCGCCGUCAGCCAGCAGGCAGCGCUGCUCUUUGACGUCCUCAGCUUGGGAAGGAGGUCCGGCAUUCAGGGCUUCUCCCGUGGGAAGUUGGUCGUCAAGAGGACAAAGGCAAAAGCCCCAGCCCAAGCUAUCAGCGGCUGGCCUGACACAGCACUGGAGAAAGCCAUCCAGGUCCUCCAGCGGCUGCGCGCGCUGGGUAACGCGAUGCUGCAGUUUGCAUACAGCCAGCGACACCAGCUCGAGAAAUGGUACGUGAAGGCAGCCGCAACUGUGCUGCUGAUGCUUGCGCUGGUGACAGCUGCGGCCAACGUGUGGGUGGUCGGGUCUUUGAACCGGAGAUACAUCCCCCAGGCAUGUGCGCAAGCGGAGAUCCUGCUGGAACGCAAGGUGGGUCUGGGGCGGGUGAAGUGGGUGGCGCCUUCGGGGCUGGUGGGUUUUGGGCCUCUGGCGGCGGUUGGGCCGGUGGAGUUGGGCCCCGGGCCGGCCGAGCGGUCGAGCGCAGAGCUGCAGGAGGUGAUUGUGUGCGUGGACCCGGUGCAGUCGCUGGUGCAGGGCAAGCUGGUGCUGCACCUGCAUGCCGACAGCGCCAAGGUGUCGCUGGUCCAGGCGGACAACUUCUCCUGGUUUGGCUUCCCGGAUGACACUGAGCCCUCCGCCAGGAACUUCCUGCCUGGCCUCACCAAGGGGCUGGAGUCAGAUAUAGCGCAGCACCUGCUGCCGAGCAUGCCAGGGACCGGGGAGCAGGAUCAGCCACUGGCAGGGAACGCCGCGCGCCUGUCCUCCAAGGUCGCCAAGGCCGAAGCCCGCCGCGGCCUCGCGCCGGCCCCUGAUUCAGCGCUCAACUUCCGGCCAGCGGUUGGCGCUGAUCUGGAGCUUGUAUCAAAGGACGACAGGGAGCUGAUGCAGAGCAGGGCAGAGCUGGAGGCGCUCAUACUGCAGCAGAGGUCUGCUCAGGCCAGCAGCGUUGACUCGCCUCCCUCAACAUCCUCUUCGCACCCCGCAGCCGCGCAGCUGCCGCAGGGGCGCCAAAAGGUGGUGAAAGCCCUGCCCGCGCCUAAACAGGCAACGCGCCAAAAACCCGCCCCGGCUGCCGAGGCCACCCCGGGAGCGCAGCCCGGCUCCGGCGAAGCUGCAGGAAGCUCCCGCGCGUCCGCCGGUAUUGCUGCAAGCGCCGUGGAGCUCUCGGCAGCCUCUGGCGGCUCCUCGCCAUUCGCAUCCAUCACCGGUCGGGGCACUAAGUCUCGGCGGAAGGGCAGCGACACCGCUGAGACCGCUUUGGUGCGCGCUGCGAACGGCAAAGAGCCGCACAGCAGCAACAACCAAGAAGAGCAUGCUGGAUUGGGCGCUGGCACCGUCAGCGCCUACUUUGGCAACGGCUCCUCAGCCAGAGAUCAUGCCAAUGGCGGCAGCGUGGCAGCCGACGUGAAGAGCGGCGACUUUUCCUUUGAGAAGGACCAGCACAGAGACAGUGUGUCUAGUCAGCAGCAAGAGCUGCAGCCGGGAACAGAUGACCAGCAAAGCACGCCUCAAGCCCACAACAGCAGAACAGAGGAGCAGGAUGGAGGUCAGCUUGAUGGACUGAGCUUCGACGACUGGAUGGCGAACGGGCAGCUGGAGGCUGGCGGUGCGGAGCAGCAUGCAGGGGAGCCAAGCAGGACCCCAGCUUCAAGCAGAGUGGGGAGCGUCACUUGGCUGAGGCCAAAAAUUGGCAUGGCUCCACCCCUGCAGGUCCGAAAGGGCAUGCCGCUCGAUGUGCUCCGGCAGAAUCCAGCCAGCCGCAAAGCGCUCCCACAGGGCGUCGCAGCUGUGGGUGACCGGGCCGCAGUGGCUGUCGCAGCACCAGCGGUAGCGGAGGCUGAAGAGAGCAGCGCGGUCCCUGAGCAGCAUGCAGACGCCGGUGCAGCGCCUGCAGCGCUCACUGAGCAGGCGGACAGCGUGACGGGCAUGGAUGUUGAUGUCAUGGGUGACGAUGUGCCUGCCGAUGACAGCAGUGACACGCACGAGCCAGCAGCCAGGGCAGAUGGAUUGCCAGAUGCCAGCACUGAAUCACUACCGCAGCCGCCUUCAGACGACGAAUCAGCGCUUGCUCAUGAAAGCGUUGCAGUCGUCUCAUCGGGCAAAUCUAAGCGCUCGGGUCCCAGCGCGCAUGAGGUGUUUGGGAGCCUGAUCAGGCAGCGGCAGGAGGAGAAGGCGCUGCGGCCGAGGCCGGCCUGGAGCAACCAGUCAUGGGACGCCAGGUGGCAUGGCGGCCCCGAGGGGGAGAUGCACCAGCAUGGCGGCAGCCGGUCACUGCAUCAGCCGGAGUGGCAGCGCCUGAGAGAGCCGCUCCGCCGCACCACGCGGAGCAGCCUGCGCCACGGCCGCGCCACUGUUGAGGACCUGCAACGGAGCAUGUGGAAUGCCCGGGAUCUUGCUGCUGUGGACACGGCUGCAGCUGCUGCUGAAGCCGUACACGACGCGGAGCUGUCCAACGUUGUUGAUGCGAUGGAAGUGCCAGAAGCCGAGGAGGCCAGUUCAAUUCAUGUUGCGGAAACCAGAGCAGCUGAUGGCGAGCUGGAGACCGUUGGCGCCAAGGAGGCUGCUGAGUUGGGAGAACAGGGUGAGACUGGAGAGGCCGCUGGUACAGAGCUGACCGCAGCUGGAAAUGCAGCCAUAGAGGGAACUGCGCGGGACGGGGUGGGAGCCAAGCGGGCAUGGCCGUGGCAGGCGCCGUUCGUCUCUCCUGGGGCGUCCCCUCUGGAGGGCCUGCGCAGGCGCUUCCAGGAGCUGUUCCCUCCCAGGGAACCCACCGCCGCCACCAUAGAACAGGAUAUGGAUCACAGCAGUUCAGCAGAAGGCGAGGCAGCUCAGGGGCCACUGCAGGUGCCGGCAGCCGACGCAGAUGCGCGACCCCUGGAGACAGGGGUCUUCGCGUCAAGCGAGGACAGGCUGCAGCACUUCUCCCUGCACCGCUCCCACCGGAGGAUGUAUGUAUCCACGGCGGAGACUGCUGCGGCCAUGGCGGAGAAGGAGGAGCUGCAGGAGGUGGGAGAAACCGCGGUAGCUGCCAGCUCCGAGGGCCAGCUGGAGCCCGCUGUGGCAGAGGGCACGCCGUCAACAGACAUGCCUGAGGGCGACGACGCGCGGUCAGAACCAUGGGCAGGCGCAGAGUAUGCGGAGCAGCCAGAGGCACCGCCCGCUGCAGAGCACAGAGAGGAGGAUCUAGGCGAGCCGCUACAAGAGUCGCCAGCCGAUGAGGCAGAGAAUGCUGCUCCUGGAGUGGAAGAGGGCACCGUGGAGGAUGCAGGAGACAGGGAGGAAGGCCCCACUGUGCAGGAAGAAGCUCCGGUGCCGGCAGCCGCUGAGCUCAUGAGAGUCGAUGUCCCCUCCUUUUCGCUCCCUGAGCAGCAGCCGCAGCCGGAACCACAAGUCGCCGAGGCCGAAACUGCAGAGGCAGAGACCAGCACCGCUGCAGCGCCCCAGCAGCCUGACGAGGCCGGCUUAGCUGCCGACAGCUCGCAGGAUGCCAAGGAGCCGGCGCAGGCCAGUCAGCCAGCGGCCGAAGCAGAGCCUGCACCCGCAGAAUUGCAGUCCCAGCCGCAGCCGCAGCCGACGGCAGAAGAGGAUCCUGCUGCUCCUGUGGACCCGGUCCCGCAGGAGGCGGCAUUGCCGGUGGUUGGGGACGCUGCGGCGCUUCGAACGAGCAAGCCAAAUUUGGCACCUUCUCCGGCCCCGGUCGUGUCGACCAGCCCCGACGGAGCCGGCGGCGGCCGCGCAUCGUCCAAGGCCAAGCACUCGUGGCAGUCGCCCGCGCUCAGCGCUCGCUACGGCGAAGUCGAGGACAACGAGCCGCGCUACAAGCCCCGCCGACCCGACGCCGAUGCCAGCUCUAUGGGCGGAGUGCGAGCGUGGGCGGCCAAGCGCAUCGGCGCGCUGGUGAAGUCGCUGAAGCCGCCCGAUGUGGCGCUGAAUGCGGUGUCGAUGCGCGGCGGCGACUUGUAUGCGACGCUGACGGGGGAGGCCGUGCCCCGCCAUGUGCAGAACAUCGAUUUGAAGCUGCGCUUCGGCCGCGACUACCGCUCGAUCACCCUUGACCUCAACGGGUUGGCACACGAGCGAGACUCGGCCUCAGACAAGUGCACGAUGAUCAACCCGAAUGGGCAGCGCCACUUGCGCGAUGUUCCCUCUGCGCCCAUCGUGCGCUCCUUCUCUGAGGUGCCUCAGGUGGCCGCCCCGCCGACACAGGGCCAGGUGGCUGCUGCAGACAGGAGCACCUCUGCCUCCGAGGCCCCUCUUUCGUUCUCCACAGGGACGCAGGCGCGCGAGUGGGAGGAGCAGCUGCAGGAUCUGGCAAAGGAGCACUUGGGCGGCACUGACGGGGUGCGGUCGCGGUCAGAGGGUAACCCAGACUCGCCUUACGGCGCGGACGUCACCAUAACCGAGCCGCAGCAGGAGAAGCAGUCCUGGCUGGCUGGCGUCGUCAAAGCCGGCAGCAAACCAGCAAAGCCCACAGGGGGCCGCAUACGCCUGCGGCUGAACGUGAAGGAGCUGGCCAACCCAGAUCGGCUGGCAGAUCUGGAUCUCACCAUCUGGGGCGACAACCUGCAUGCGCCCCUCAUAGAGCGCAUCGUGGAGCUCCCCAUAGACAUCUAUGGCGGGAGGAUUAAUGGCAAGCUGCGAAUCAUGUCAAAUGACAGGGAGACGUGGAAGUUCCCGGCCAUUAGGGGGCGCGUGCGAGGCAGCGACCUGGCUUUCCAUUUCUUCGACGCCCCUGACGACUUUUCGCGCACCCGCCUGGACCUGCUGUUCGAGGGCGACCGCAUGUACUUCCACGGCGCAGAGGGCUUCUUCGGCGCCGUGCCCAUCACCCUCAACGGCGACAUGGACAUUAACCCGGAGACGGGGCAGUACCGGCUAAGCGCGAGCGUGCCGGGCGUGGAGGCGAAUGAGCUGCGGCGCACGCUGGCCAUCCGCCCCACACCCUUCCCCAUCGGCGGCGCUGUCCGCGGCGUGCUGCACUGCACCGGGCCCCUUGAGACGCCCGUCUUCUCAGGCACGGCGGUGGCGAUGCCCCCGAGCAGGGAGGAUGUGGAGGCCAUGGAGGACAGCAGCGCCAAGGAGGCGCUGCGUGAGUUUCCGGCCGCUGCAGGCGCGUACGACCGCGUUCCUGUCGCCAGCGCCUCUGCUGUGUGGACGCUUGACACCUCCACCGACAUCUUCCUGCUGCACUCCAUCCAGGCAGAGCCGCUAGGGGGAGGGCAGGUGCUGGGCAGCGGGCGCAUGUGGGUGUCGCCGGCGGGAGAGAUGGAUCCGCGUGCAGUGCGCGUGCAGCUGGAAGGCCGCAACCUGCCCACCGAAUCGCUCCUCAAGCGCUACCUGCCCAAGGCACGCGGCCCACUCCUGUUGCUUGCACUUCAGCAUCCUGGAACGCCUCUGCCUGCGGCGACGGAGCUGGGCGACAGCAGCGUGCACGGGUCGAUGGCGGGCUCUUUCCUGGCGCCCGACCUGCACGUGCGCUGGGAGGCGCCCGCCGCGUCAGCUUCCGGCAGCGCCGACUUCAGCCGCGACGCCAACCGCUUCACCUGCCGCGCUCCGUCACUCGACGUCAGCGGAGCCCUCUUCCUGCGGCCAGCUCCCUUUGACGCGGUCAAGGCCGUCCUCACACAGGCGGAGGCGACGGCGCUGGCGCAGCCUCAGCUGGAGGGUGCGGACAUCGACUGCAAUUUCAAGGGCCUGGAUGUGCUGCCCAUCGCAGCCGCCCUUGAGCGCGGGUCGGCCACAAAGGCGCAGCGCCUCAAGCUCAACGGCCGAACCAAGUUCUCCGUGCGCCUUGUGCCCACCGAGAAGCAGGCCAGCCAGGGCAGCGAGGAGCAGCAGCAGGAAGAGGAGCGGCGGCCAUCCGCGUUUGCAGGGGACCUCACGCUAGAGGGGCUGCGCGUGAACCAGCUGAAGCUGUCGCGCAACCUCACCGGCACCGUGCUGCUGUCCGAGGACCGGUUCCAGAUCCGAGCAAAGGGGCAGCGGCCGGACGAGACGCUGGACGUCAACCUGAAGCUGCCAUUCUCGCCAGGCUCCAGCCCGGCCACCAAUGCAGCAGCGUCCAACAAGGCCGCCGCAUCAACAAGCACCGCGCCGCCGGCCGCCGCGCCGGCAGGAAGCGGCACCGGCGGAGCAUUGCUAGGCAAACGGCGCGCCGGGCUGGGCGGCCUGGGUACGCUGCUGCCCGUACCGCGGUUUGCGGGUGCGGCCGCGCAGCCGCCGCUGCUGCCGCAGCCGGCCGGCGCCGUCGCGGCCGGUGAUGCCUCGGCGCCUGGCAGCGACGGCCAUCAGGGAGGCAACUUCAUGCUGCGCUGCGGCCAGCUACUCAUGUCGGCCGAGGUGAACGCGGAGGCGAGCCGGGUGGAGUGCGCGGUGCAAGGCCUGUUACUAGAUGAGCUGGAACUGGCGUCGCUGCGAGGGGAGGUGCAGGAGGCGUCGCUGUCGGUGAAUCUGGAGCAGCGGCUGGGCCGAGCGGUGGUGGCCGUGGCUGGGCCGCGCUUCAGCGGGCUGCAGGGGCAAUCCCUCAGCGGCGCCUUCCGCUGGGAACGCGACGUCGUCCGCCUCGAGCGCGCCGUGCUGCAGCAGGCCAACUCCAGGCGCGCCCGCCAUAUUCUCUCUGGGGAGUACGUGAUUCCCUCCGGUGCCACAAUCCCACGCUCGGCAGCUGAAAUGGCUGCGGCUGCGCAGCCCCCCAACGCGGCCAACGUGUCCCCCUUUGAGACCGGCGGCGGCCGCUGGCGACUGCAGGUGAAUGUGCCGACAGCCAACAUGGAGGAGAUUCUGCCAGCGGCGCGGCUACUGAGCAGGGCCACUGCGCUGUCCCCAUCAGACUACGAGCGCGCCAAGGCCCUGUUCCUGUCUGGCGUGGACGCCUCCAACAUGGCUGCCCAGGAGCUUGGACGGCAGUUGGAAGCGGCGGCGCAGGCGGCACGCAUGGCGAUGGAGGCAGACGCGAGCAUGCAGGAGUCCUCCGAGGACGCAAGUUUUGGCGCGCCUGAAGAAGCAGCGGCAAGGAGCAGCAAGUCGUCCAAGCCGGGCGGCGGCAGCACACCGCGCGGCACACUGCCAGGACUGCAGGAUCUGCGUGGGCAAUGGAGCGGAGGAGUGCAGGCAUAUGGCGGCGGCGGUGGCGCCACGAAUGUGGACUUCAACGUGCGCGGCCAGGACUGGCAGUGGGGAGACUACGGCCUUGACCAGGUGGUGGCCAAUGGGAGCUGCCACAGCAUAGAGGGCAUAAAGCUGGAGGAGCUGGGCCUCAAGGCGGGCGAGGCCAAGCUGCUGGUGCGCGGCAGCCUGCUUGGCGCUGCACAGGACGCCUCCAUCAUCCUCACAGACUUCCCCGUCGCUGUGCUGCAGCCGCUCUUCCGUGCACUGCCCGCCCUCGAGCACGCCACUCCCGCUGUCGCCGCUGCUGGUGGCUCCGGCGGUGGCGGCGCCGGGGGCACGCUGGGGGGUCUGGCAGUGCCGUUCCUGCGUGGGGGCCACCUGCGCAGCAGCAUGCACCCCUCCUACAGCGUGGGGCUCGCCAACUCCCCCGUCAACGGCCUCCUCUAUGUCCGCGGCACCAUCGGCGGCAGCGCUGCGGUGCCGGAGGGUGAGGUGGUGGUGCGUCUGUACGACGGCGCCAUCGGGCCCACCUACCUGGCGCAGGCGCAGGCGCAGGCCUCCCUCGACGCCGCCCAGCAGCUCUCCUUCUCCGCAGACCUGGCCCCUGCCGAGGCCGGCCGCCAUUCCGGCCACGUCCGCGUCUCCGGCAACGUUCCCCUGCGCCCCUCCCCGGCCCUGCCAGGGAACGGUGGAUCCGCCGCAGCUGGCACGGAGGGCGCCAGUGUUGGGUCUGGGAGGAGCGAAGAGCUGGAGGUGAAUGUGAGCGUGAAGGAUGGCGGCAUGAUGCUGGUCACAGCGCUGACGCCCGACCUCAGAUGGCAGAGCGGCGCUGCAGAGCUGUCCAUGCGCGUGCACGGCUGUCCUUCCCGCCCCCAGGUGGAGGGCAGGGCUCAUUUUGCCAAGGCGGCCAUGUCUUGCCCUUGGCUGAAGUAUCCCCUGACCAACCUGGGAGGCACCGUGCGCAUGGCUGACAAUGCGCUGAAGAUUGAGGGACUGGAGGCGCAUGUGGGUCGGCGUGGCCGCAUCAGGGUGAAGGGUGGCCUCCCGCUCACUGCUGACGCGGCGACAAAUCCCGACGCCAAUCUGGCCCAGGCAGCAGGCGCUGACGCUGUGAAGGGGGCUGCUGGCAAGGAGUCCUCCGUGGGCGCUCUCAUUGUGGACAUCCAUGGCCUCGAGCUGCGCCUCCGCAACGUGUACACAGGCUAUCUGGACGCCGGACUGAAGCUGCAGAACAGCCUGACGGCGCCGGCGGUGGGGGGCGACGUACGCCUGUCUCGGGGCGUUGCCUCGCUCAUGCCGGGGGGCCCGUCGCCCCCAGGCGGCAGCGGCGGCGGCAGCAACGGCGCGUCCUCAUCAGGCAGCAGCGGCCAGCAGUCCGGCCUGGGCGCUCUGCUGGACGGCGGCCGCGCGCGCGAGACCGAUCUGGUCUUCAAGGCCUUCACAGCUGGCGAGGUGGCGAUGCAGCCAGUGGCGCAGUCGGUGGAGCUGAAGGGGCUCAAGAUCCACUUGGGCCCCGAGCUGCGCGCCAUGUUCCCAGUUGUCCUCAACAUGAGCAUCUCCGGCGACAUCGAACUCAACGGCGCCGCCGACCCAGCCUCCCUCAAACUCGCCGGCAUCAUCCACCUCGAUGGAGGAGAGGUGAACCUGGUGGCGACGCAGCUGGUGCUGGACAGGGAGCACCCCAACCGCCUGGUCUUCUCCCCCAGCCGCGGCCUCGACCCCCUCCUCGACCUGCGCCUCAAGGGGGCCCAGGUUCAGGCGUUGAUUCAGGGGCGUGCCUCCGCGUGGCAGCAGAACCUUGUGCUGACUCCUACCAAGGCCGGCGCUGGCGAGGCGGGCGGCGCGGCGGAGGCGGCUGAAGCGGCGCGCAUAUUUGAGGGGCAGCUGGCGGGCGCGCUUGUGGCGGAGGAUGGACAGCUAGCGCUGAGUAACCUGGCGGCCAGCGCGGCGCACGGCUUCAUGCCCAAGAUCCAGACGCAGGGGCAGUUUGGGCAGGCGCGCUGGCGCCUCGUCUCCGCGCCUUCCAUCCCCGGGCUGCUGUCACUGGAUCCGAGCGGCGACCCGACGUCGCUGCUGUCGUCGCUGACGAUGGGCACGGAGGUGGAGGUGCACUUUGGGCGCAGCCUGCAGGCGGCCAUGGCGCGCAAGCUGCGCGACUCUGACAUCGCCACACAGUGGACGCUCAACUACCAGCUCAACUCCAAGCUGCGCAUGCAGUUCAACAUCGCCUCAUCCUCGCCCUACCCCCGCACCCUCAUCUUCCAGUACUCCUCAGAGACCACGCCGCCGCCCCUGCCCAGAUAG